UCCGCAGCCCCGUGAGCUACCGGGCACCCUGCGAGGCCAUGGGGAGGAUCGGGCUGCAGCUGCGCGCCACGCUGGAGAACAUCACCCGCCUGCGGGCCGAGGGGGAGGACUUCCGCUGGUACCUCAAGCUGAAAUGUGGGAACUGUGGUGAAGUUUCUGAAAAAUGGCAGUAUCUGCGAUUGAUGGACAGUGCUCCCCUGAAAGGAGGCAGAGGAAGUGCCACUAUGGUGCAGAAAUGCAAGCUGUGUUCCAGGGAGAACUCCAUUGAUAUUUUAAGUCAGACAAUCAAGCCUUACAACGCUGAAGACAGCGAGAAAUUCAAAACAAUAGUGGAGUUUGAAUGCCGAGGUCUGGAACCGGUUGACUUUCAACCACAGGCAGGGUUUGCUGCUGAAGGUGCAGAGUCUGGCACACCUUUCAAUGACAUAAACUUGUUAGAAAAGGAUUGGAAUGACUAUGACGAAAAAACAAAGGAAUCUGUUGGAAUCUAUGAAGUUACCCAUAAAUUUGUAAAAUGCUAAAGUUCAUACCCCUAAUAAAUCUUGACAUGCUUAUUAAUGAAGGAGCUGUAACCAUCAGAGACUCGGUUUCCUCAGAGUUAUUUUUCACAUGGCUGCACUUCAUAAAUGGAAACCUAAGUUGUACUCACUGUCCCAAGGAUAUCCUAAUAACAUAUUUUCCACAGAGGACUUUGAGAUGGCCUCAGUACAAACUGAAAAGAAUAUAUAUGCUUGACUGAACUGUGCCAUUUUCUUAACGUUGUCUUUUUUGGGAAUAUAUAUGGUUGUGAUGGCCUGUAGCUUAA